AUGGACUGGAACAAUGAAUCACGCUACGCAGAAUACAGCACCUUCAGUGUAUCCGGUGAGUCGGACGGGUACCGGCUGCACAUUUCCGGGUAUUCAGGCACUGCGGGAGACUGCAUCACUGGCUGGCCCUCCAACAACAGGCAGAGGUUCUCCACUGUAGACAGGGACCUUGAUGCCUGGACAAAUAACCAUUGUUCCCAACACCACGGGCAGGCCGGCUGGUGGUUUUGGAGCUGCGGCCACGCUAUUCUCAACGGCCGUUACCUGGGUAACUGUGGGAACUCCUGUACAAACGGGCAAGGUGUGCUGUGGGCCAAAUGGAGAGGCUGGAAUUACUCCCUGAAGUCCGUGUCUAUGAAGAUCAGGCCAUAA